AUGAAGGCUAUUCAAGAACUUCAUCUUAGUGAUAAUCUUUUUAUAUUAGCAGAAAAUCAAGGUAGGGGCGAUUCUGGGUUGAAUGAAGUCGGAAAACUACCAGAUUUGAGGGUUCUAGAUCUUGGGUACAACCUUUUAAAUGGAUCCAUAAGCAAAAGCAUUGGACAACUUUCCAACCUGCGAGUCUUGCGGCUUCCAGGGAAUUCUUUUGGUGGUGAUGUGAUUUCCGAAGCUCAUUUCUCAAAUUUCACCUAUUUACGGAAGUUGGAUUUAUCCUACACUUCUUUGACUUUGAGAUUCAACUCCGGAUGGAUUCCUUCCUUCCAACUGAGUCAACUAUUGCUUUGCUCUUGCAAGUUAGGGCCUCGUUUCCCAAAUUGGAUUCAGACUCAAAUGGACGUCCUAAACCCUGACGUUGAAAUUUCUUCCAUAGAUUACUUUGAUUUUCUGCUUCAGGAAUUUCGGAUUCUCUUCCCUACUGGUUUUGGGACAAAUUUCUGUAUUAUCGAUAAAGGUGGUUUGGCAUUACUUGAUCUCUCAAAUAAUUUAUUUUCUGGAGUGGUUCCUGACUGUUUUGAAAGUUUUCGGUCUUUAACAGCUUUGAAUUUGGGUGAUAAUAGUUUCUCAGGCUCACUUCCAAGCUCCUUAGGAUCUCUGGUUUCUCUUGAAAAGCUAAGUUUACGUGGUAAUAAAUUCUCUGGAGUAUUACCUUCAUCUUUACAGAAUUGUGCCAAGUUAAAAUUUCUCGACUUGAGUGAUAAUGAAUUAUCAGGAGAAAUACCUAUGUGGAUCGGUCAGAAGCUUUCAUCGUUGGUUUUUCUUAGCCUUCAAGGGAACCAGUUCAGGGGAAGGAUUCCCCAUCAACUUUGUGGAUUGAAAAAUCUACAAAUCUUGGACCUCUCGGUUAGAUAUGUUGGUGAGGUAUUGCUUACAUGGAAGGGAACAAAGCAAAGCUAUCCACAACUUGGAUUGCUACUAGCCAUUGAUCUCUCUUGGAACAAAUUAACAGGAGAGAUUCCUGAAGAAUUAAGUAGUCUUCAAGAACUGGUUGUAUUGAACUUGUCAAGAAACCAUUUUAACAGAAAAAUUCUUCAAAAGAUUGGGUAUAUAAGACAACUAGAGGUGCUUGACCUGUCAAGAAACAAGUUUUCAGGAAACAUCCCGACAAGCUUGUCUGAAUUAACAUUUCUAAGCAACUUGAACUUGUCUUAUAAUGACUUGUCCGGAAAAAUUCCAACCAAAGACUCAACUACUGAGCUUUGA